GAGAGAGAGAGAGAGAGAUUGUGGCUAUACACCUUUCCACCAAGGCUUAUAUAAAUGCCACUACUUCAUACCCAAAUUCCCCCAUACCAAAACAAAAGAAUCAUUAGCAACAAGAAAGAGAAAAAAAAGAAUGGUAUUGCAAGAGGAAAGUAUGAGAAAAGGGCCAUGGACCGAACAAGAGGACUUCCAACUCGUCUGCUUUGUGGGUUUAUUCGGUGACCGGCGAUGGGAUUUCAUCGCCAAAGUAUCAGGCUUGAAAAGAACCGGCAAAAGCUGUCGUCUCCGGUGGGUUAACUACCUCCACCCUGGUCUUAAGCGUGGCAAGAUUACUCCCCACGAGGAGCGUCUCAUUCUCGACCUCCACUCCAAGUGGGGAAACAGAUGGUCGAGGAUUGCUAGGAAGCUUCCUGGUCGAACAGAUAAUGAAAUAAAGAAUUUUUGGCGAACCCACAUGAGGAAAGUGGCCAAAGCCGCCGGUCAUGAUCAUGUAGUGGUAUCGCCGUCGUCCUCGGCUCAAAUCAUAGAGAUCGGAGAAGAACUAAUAGAUCGUCGGGAGGAGGAGGACGGUUAUUCGAUGGAUGAUAUUUGGAGAGACAUUGAUGAUCAAAGUAAUGUUAUAAACCAAGUUUGUGAUCAAAGUAACUUCGAGUGUGGACCGAUGUCGAUGCCGCCGUGGGAUUACGGGGAGUACUCGCCGUGGACGGUGGUUGAGGAAGAGAACAAGGUGUUUGACUAUGGAGAGGCUGUGGCUCUAAGUUGAAACUAAAGGAUUUGAUUCAUUUAAAUUUGUGAAUAGAGUUUUAAGUUAUGUUAUAAAGCUGUGCUGUGAUGGAGGAUAAGGGAAAAGCUGUGAUUUGUGUAGCAAUGGAGCUUCCUUGGCCCACUUUCUAAGCCACUGUUCUAGUUUUGUGUAAUAUCUUUCCACUUUUUAGCUGAAAGACAACAUUUCAGACAUCUAAUAAUAGUUAUGUUUGUUGUUUUUUCUAAGAA